CCAACAUCAGAAACAAAAAAAAAUAUAUAAAAGAGAGAGAGAGAGAGGAGACUGGAAUAGCAUUUUGUAAAAACAAUCAAGAGUUUGGCGUUUCUUCGAUCUUUUGUUUUCUCUUGUCGAAAAGGUAGAAAAUUUGUGGGAUCUGAAUUUCGCCCUAAUCGUAUUGUCUGAUUCUUCUUCUUCAGACAUCAAUUAGGUUUUGUUCUUUUGCUUCUUGUAAUAAUAAUUCGAGUUCGAAUUUUGUGGAUAUAUCCAUCGUUUGAUUUUCCCUAAAAACUUUCGCACAAAAUGGAUAUACGGGUUGGGAUUCUCUUAUUGUUAUCAUUAUUGUGUGCGAUAUGCGUUCCCUCCUCUGGGUUGGCUUCAUCAUCGCCGGUGAACAUUUCCGUCUGCAAUCACGAGUUCGAGCUCUUCCGGUUCGAUCUACGCUCCAAAUGUCCUCCUUCUACGCAUCCACCUCCUCCUCCUCCUAUCCAGGUAGAUGGAGACUCGCUGGACAGGUUAAUGAUGUCUUUGAACCGUGGUGGGAAUGCUGCUUAUAUGUCUGUGCUCUUUUAUGCUUCCUGGUGCCCUUUCUCACGUCCUCUCCGCCCUAAGUUUGACAUUUUGAGUUCCAUGUUCCCUCAGAUACACCACCUUGCUCUCGAUCAUUCUCAAGCACUCCCAUCUGUCUUUUCGAGGUAUGGCAUCCACAGCUUACCUUCAAUCCUGAUUGUAAACCAAACUUCAAAGGCACGAUACCAUGGUCAAAAGGAUGAUCUUACAUCCCUGAUUGAGUUUUAUGAAGAAUCUACAGGUUUCAAGCCUGUCCAGUAUGUGGUCGAAGCUGAACCAGCAACCAGCUUAGACGCCAUCAUCGAUGGCAACCUGAUCACAUGGUUACGCAAUGGGACAUCGAUUAGUGAAGAAAUAUUCAAAAGAGAUCCCUUCUUGGUACUCUCUCUGCUGUUUAUCUGUUUACAAAUGGCAAUCCUCGUCUUCCCCAUUGCAGAGUCACGCAUGAAAGCGUUGUGGGCUUCUUACGUUUCCAGUCUCAACCUGGAGAGAUUUCGAGAGAUUAGCCAACUUUUCAGCCGCGCUCUUCACAUGGUGGAUGUGAGGAGGCUGUGGUUGAAACUGGGACUCGUCAAAACAAGGAACUUUCAUGAGAGAGCAAUGAACGCUCAAGCCUGGGCUUCAUCGCUUGCAUCUGUCUCUUUAGGCCAUACUUCAUCAGACCAGUCCUGAUCUCUCUUAAAGUCUACUUCUAGUAUCUUGUCAGCAUUGGAAAGAGAUUGUGUUCUUGAUCUCUGAGAGUUCCCUUACAUGGAAUGUUUUAUUGACUUCUUCUGAGUUAAUUUGUCUGCAUCAAAGAUGUAAAUCCAGGAACAGCUUUGCUUCUGUCUGUGAAUAUGUUUCUCUCUCUUUUUUGUUUUACAACUCUGAGAUGUAUGUUUUGACCUCAUUUCUCUUACUGAAUAAUUUUAUUGAGUCAGCUAAAAACAUCUCUGAAUCUUCAGAGCAACUUUCUUUUGUAA